AUGUCCCGCGUAGCAAAGCUCACCCUCGCGGGGACGUCCCUCUUCGCUAUUGGCACCAUAGUCUUCGUGCACCACGCCCAGCAAGCUGAGAAAGCAGCAAUGCACCAAGGCGUAGUCCGAGACGUGGAGCAGCAGCGAUUAAAGAAGGAACGCCAGCUCGAUUUCGAGAUGCAGAAGGCCCUGGAAGAGGAAUACAAGAAAAUUCAAAGUGUACACGAUGGAGGGACAGUACUGAAUAAACAAUGA